UACACCAAUUUUAUCCUUUUGGGGCUUGUCAAAAUGGAAUCAUUUAGAUUCUUAUACGCUAUACUUGCUUUUUCAGUAUAUUCAACAUCAUUAUUUGUGAGUUUAAUGAUUGUCUACGUAACCUGGACGGAGGAAAGUUUGCAUGAACCGAUGUACAUCUUUAUAUGCGGAUUGGCCUUCAACGUGAUGUUCGGAAGUUCGGCUUACCUCCCCAAGCUACUGAUUGACUUAUUUUCUAAAAAUUCAACUAUUUCUCUCUCCGGAUGUCUACUGCAGGCCUACCUCAUCCAGUCUCACGCAGCUGCUGAAACGUUUACUUUCGCCGCUAUAGUGUAUGACCGAUAUUUGGCGGUGGCUCACCCUCUGAGGUACCCCACUCUGAUGACAAACUUGACGAGUCAAAAGCUACUACUUGCCAUCUGGGUUGUAGUUCUUACGGGAGUAUGUGGGGUUGUAUUGUUAACGGCAAGGCUGACCUUUUGCGGGGUAGAUAUCAACAAUGUCUACUGUGAGACCAUGUCCCUCCUGCAGCUUUCUUGUGGAGAUAUCUCAGGUAAUAAUAUCUAUGGAUUGAUGUGGACUGCGUUCAUUCUGAGUACUUCCAUGCUUGUGAUCAUAUAUUGUUACAUAAGGACGAUUGCGGUCUGUCUCAAACUUCCUGGGGAAGCCUCUCAGAAAGCCGCCCAAACGUUGGUGACUCAUGUUAUUGCCUUUUCCAUUUUCAUGGUUGGAACUCUGUUUAUUACUUUUAGGUACAGGCUAAGCCGCAUUUCUCUCUCCACCGUUGCCCAUGUUGUCAUCUCUAUGAGUGGUAUGAGUACAUCUAUUGCUGUCAACCCUCUGAUCUACGGCAUAAGGACCACGGCUCUCAGAAUAAGAAUUGCACGCAAUUUGCAGAAUGUCUUUUCAAAUUCAAAAUAA